UUAAAUGAAAAGGGGAAGGAGAAGUGCAAGCCGUAUUGGCCGUUGAAGAAGAAGGACGACGAGGAUGGUCUGCCGAUUUCAACUACCUUUGGCAACUUCUCGGUCACGCAGCAGGCCAGUGAGCCCGGGGCAUCAUUCAUUCGACGUGUCCUCGUAGUCCAAAACACGACUGCUGAUGGUGGCACCAACACACCACGACGCGUUAUCCAACUUCAAAUGACGCAUUGGGAGGACUUCAACGCCCCACGGAAAGACGACUUCCACGCCUUCCUGCAGCAGUACUAUGACGAUCUUGAAAAAAUGAAUGCGAAUUCCAGGGUCCCCGUAUUGGUCCACUGCAGCGCCGGUGUUGGGAGGACAGGAACCUUCAUUGCAGCCGACAUCCUCGCCCGAUACAUUCGAGGCCACUUUGAAAACGCCAAGCAGGACGGCAAGUUCGAGCCUCUCGAUGCGGAGGGUGCACCAGAGGGAGAGCCUGUCUACGCGAACCUCUCCCCCCUGGGGACGGCGUUUCUGCUGAAAAAUCGGGAAACCCUCAACAAGACCUCGAGCGUUGUCGAUGUGUUCCGAACUGUGCUGUGGUUGCGCUCGCAAAGACGUUUGUUCGUUCAACAGGACACGCAAUACAUCUUUCUUUACGACUUCCUGAGCUAUUAUAUUCGCCGGUUCACUGGAGAGGAGGGUAGGUUUUUGGCGUUCUAA